UGACGUCACGACGUCAGCAGUCAGCUGAUAACCACGUCGGUGUUGGUACGUCAUUGCGCGCAUGAGAAUUGUGUAGGUGACAAAAGGGAUACGACAAAAGACGGGAGAAAAUAAAGGAUAACGCGGAAUAAAAUGCAUCCGUACUGGAUUUUCUGCCACAGGAGAGACACGAGAAAAUCCCGUGGAGAUGGCGAACGAGGUCAGGAGCAAGGUCAUACUGCACUGGAACUGCCGCGGUCUCGCGGAGUUCCCGGAGGUGAUAAGACUGCACGGCGGUCACAUCCAGGAGAUAUAUCUGAAGUGGAACAGGCUCACCACUCUGCCGCCGUGGAUCACGGAGCUGUUCAACGUGACUAACUUGUACAUGUACGGCAACCGGAUCGAGCGGCUGCCCGCGGAGCUGGGCGGCAUGAGCCAGCUGACGGUGUUGGAUUUGAGCGCCAACCGAUUGGAGCUCGUACCUCCCUGCAUCGGCAGUCUGAGCAAUCUGAAAUCCUUAUUCUUGAGCGACAAUUUCAUAGAGAGAUUACCGGUUGAAUUGAGCCAACUGAAUAAUCUGGAAAUACUGUCUGUCUCGGGUAACCAGAUCGUCGCGCUGCCGGAAUGGAUCGGCUCUCUCCCAAGACUUCGAGAGCUGUAUGUGGAUAACAAUCAGCUGAGGGAAUUACCCAACAGAUUGACCAUAGCUCCUGAGCUCACCAUGAUCUCCGUCUGCUCAAACAGGUUGAGAUAUUUGCCGUUGAAUGGAUUUCUCUCGGCUCCCUGUAUUCGAUUCGAUGCCAACGAAUACCUGAAUUAUGUGUCGUAUCCGCUUCUAUUUCAAUUACUCUCGCAACUACACACGACGGUCGUCCACGACAGAGACUGUUUGGCAUUCGGAUGUUUUAAGACGCAUUAUGACACAAAUGUCCUAAACACAAACAUAAAACUAUACGUAAGGAUGAAGGAGCUGUUUGAGACAGAUGCCGAUAUUAUAAUUGAAUUGCCACGACAGCUGCUAAAGAUUCACGAGGUUUGCGAGAACGUGACUUGCUCACUGUGGGAAUUGGCGCUCAGAAAAGUUUACACCGAGAGAUACAAGCACACGCUCGACGUUACCGUAUCUCCCGCGAACGUAACGAUACUCUACAAACCGCUUCUUAAAAAGACUAAACUGGACUUCACACUGUCUACGAGCUAUACUUUGUACAAUUUACUGACGAACGGACCCACUUGUAUCUGCGUAAAUUCUCAAUGCCAGCAACCGAUAUUCACAGAAGCCUGGAUCAUUAUCGGCGUCAGCCGCCACGCGGAGUCCACGAUAAUGAUCGCUCUAUGUUGUAGCAGAAGUUGUGCCACCGCGUUCGCAGCGCACUCGAGUACGACUAUCAAUCUUCAUUGGCACACCAUCGAUUGAUGAGCCCUCCUCACUAGGUAAUCUAAUCAACUCAUUUCUGUAUAUAAAAAGUUUUAGGAGAAUAAAGAAUUCUUGCGCGUUCAACUGAAA